UUUCACCAAGUUUAGUUGGUAGUCCUCCUGUUGUCUCGGGACUUUCAUCACCAACUAUUGGCUCACCAUCUUAUUCUUCAUGUGCAACUGGUUUAUCUAGUAGCUGUGGAGUAGGUGGAAAUAGUAGCACGCCAACAUCAAAGGGACAAAUCAAAGGAAAUAGUGGUUUGGCCAAUAUUCAUGAUGCCAAUGGAAGUUUUA